GUCAGAUACGCGAUACCCAAACUCGACUGAGGCCUAUACUCAGCAGCUCAUCGAGAUUAUAAAGAAACCUGGACAAUCGCUUGGUCUCUAUCUAAGGGAGGGAAAUGGCAUUGAUAGGACUCAUGGCGUGUUUGCUAGUCGCUUCGGAGAAAACUCGGAGUUGGAAAAAUAUGGUGAUGUAAUUCGGCCUGGCGAUGAAAUUCUCUCCAUCAAUAACGUCGAGGUUUCCUCAAUGUCCAUAGACGAUGUUGUGCUCAUAUUGAGUAUUCCGCGAAGGCUUCUGCUGCGGAUACGAUAUCUAAAAAAUCGUCGAGAUCAGCAAGCUGCCACGAAGUCAUCUGAGCGUCCAGUUGUCGUCUUUCACAAGUUCGAGGAACGGUCCGAAGAAUCAGCGAGUGGUUCGAUUCUCACGCAACCGACCCCAACCGCACAAACAUGGUUGGGUAAGAAAGCGCGGCAACAGCAGCAGGAAUUCAUGUUCUUCGUUCUCUAA